CAGGGAGGUGUGCCGUGUAAAUCGAGAAAAAGGAGGUCUGGAUUUUCUACAGAUUCUUGUCCAUUUAGCAAACACAAAAACUGUAUUCAAAGCGCAACGAGUUUCUGGACUUAACUUUGUGGGUUAAUUUAAUUCUGUGCUAUUUUAAAAGAAAAAAGGCGCUGAACAGGGUGCACGGUUAAAAUGAUGUAAAGAAGAAACGAGGUGUUUUAAAAUCCCUGGACCCUUUCUGGAGCUCAUUCCUAUAGGAUAAGAACUAUCGCUUCACCUGUUUGUCUGUGGUCAAAAUAAAUAGUACGUUGGAUGCCUGAAUAAAGAUAAGGACAAAGGGGGGGGGGGGGGAUACAAGACUAUUCAAAGAUGCUGAAGAAGUGGUCAGCUGCAAUUAUAUGGAACUGUGUCUCCGCCGUGCUGGUGUUGACUGUGCUGCCCAGGUGUGUGUUACCUGCUCAGACAGACAGCUCUCCCAACAAGGACGGACCUGCCGUUCAAAUUCCUGCUUUGUUGAAUGUUACCCUCUUGGAUUCCAACGGGAACUCACCUAAGCUUGUCUGGAGAAUUGAGGGGCAGUACGGCCAAGAUUCCCCCAAGACUGAAGCUAAAGGAACGAUAAUAGCACCAGUACCCAUUAAUGGAGUUGCAGACCGUCUGGGUUGUGACCGUCAGACUCGCUUCCUUGUCCCUCCCAAUACCAAGCACUGGGUUGCACUGCUGCAUAGAGGAAACUGUACCUUCAAGGAGAAGAUCCUGAGAGCGGCCGCCUUCAAUGCCUCUGCUGUCGUCAUCUACAACAACAUGUCCAAGGAAGAGACCAUCACCAUGGCGCACACAGGUACCGGAGACAUUGUGGUGGUGAUGAUCACACAUUUUUGCUUAUCUAUCCAAAUAGUCGUUAUACUUCAAUGUGCAUUUCUGUUAACGUUUGGUUCCAGGAAGCUUCAUAAAUUACUAUUUUUUUUUUUUCUGUUUCAGCGCCAGCUUGGAGAUGCAGCUAAAAAAGCCAUUAGCAAGCUUUCCACUCGGACUGUGAAGAAGGGUGACAAGGAAACAGACCCAGACUUUAACCACUGUGCAGUUUGCAUUGAAGGAUACAAACUAAAUGAUGUAGUCCGCAUUCUGCCUUGCAAGCAUGUCUUCCAUAAAAUGUGUGUGGACCCCUGGCUGAACGAACACUGUACCUGCCCCAUGUGCAAGCUCAACAUUCUCAAGGCCCUCGGGAUUAUGCCAAACCUACCCUGUGUGGACAAUGUUGCCUUUGACAUGGACAUGAUAUCCAGAAGUCAGACGUCCAGCCAGAGAUCAAUUCUAGGAGAUUCGACCAAUGAAAACUCAAUCAGCCUCGAGCCCCUGAGACAGUCUGGGACGUCCCAGAUCCCUUUGGAGGCUGAGCUGACGCCUCGCUCUGGAGAGAUUAACAUCGCCGUCACCAAAGAGUGGUUUAUUAUCGCCAUCUUUGGCCUGCUCAGUGUCCUUACUCUCUGCUAUAUGAUCAUCAAAGCCACUUUUAGCUACUCUACAAAUGUAGGCGAGUGGUGUUGAAGACUCCAGCAUAGUGACUGAAACAUAAACACUGGCAAUUGAGCAAAAGCAUUUUUUUUAUUUUUUAUAUAUUUUUACGCAUUUGUAAAGGUAGUUUAAUCAUGUGUUUUAUGUGCAAUGCCUAUAUGCUUUAACUAUUAAAGUAAAACAAAAAAUAAAUAAA